AUGGGAGUGAUGUUAGACGACCGGCUAAGCUUCAAUAGCUACAUCGACCACGCAUGCGGGAAGGCCGUAAAAGUGGUACUAUCUCGGAUCAUGCCCAACAACUCGGCGAUCAGCAGCAGUAAAAAGCGACUACUGGCGAGUGUCUCCACAUCGGUGCUCCGAUACGCAGGACCUGCUUGGGUGAUGGCACUGCGGACGAAGAGGAACACAUCUCGGCUGAACAGCACGUUCAGGCUGAUGGCCAUGCGGGUAUCUAGCGCGUACCGAACUAUCUCGUCAGAGGCAGCCUACGUGAUAGCUGAAACGAUUCCCAUAUACCUUCUACUCGAAGGAAUGCGACAAAUCUACUCAUUUGUGAAACAACCGUACCUUGUCAAAAAUGAGUAA